GAGGAAGACUUCUUCUCCGACGAUGACCUGGACGACAUUCCAGCCAACACUCUAGACAGGCUUGAGCAGCAGGCAUUCAGAUCGACUCAGCAGCAGCUCAAUCCCAACCCGCAGCUCCCGAGACAUGUACAGCAACAGCAGCCACCUCAGUCCUCGAGACCACCUCCUUCCACAAUCAUUCAGCCGGCGCCCCAGAUCCAGCCUCACCGACCGAGCUAUCAAACACGACCAGUACAGCGAAAUGGCGGAAGAGUAUCUGCUGCACUGGAUCCGGAGACGGCUGCUGCUUUCGCAGCAGCGGACGAGGAGUUGGACGGUCAGACAUUUGGGCGAUGGCCUCAGGCUGUGAUACCGCAGCUAUCGAAACCGGUGCAGGCCGGUGCGUCAAUGGAUAUGGCAGCAUUGCAGGCCCGGAUAGCAGAACUAGAAGCAGAGCAGGCAAGACUGCGUCUGUCGGAGCAACAAGCACGAGACGAGGCGAGGGCGAAGCAGGGCGAGAUUGCCAUCGUACGCAGCAAUCAAGAGAAGACUACCAAGCAAUAUGAAGCUCGUAUCUCGGUCAUGCAGAGGCUACACGCAGAGGAGGCAGCCAAAUCCAAGGCUGAACUUGAAGCUCAACGAAAAGAACGCGAAAAGAUGGAGACGGACAAUCGGUUCUUGCAGCACGAUCUGGCCCAGGAAGCUGAGCGUACCAAAAGGCUGACUGUUCCGUCGAGAGCAAAGAAUACGCAGCGAGAAACUCCGAGGAAAAUCAAGAGGACGGCUCUUGGAGACGGCUUCGAUGAUGGCGAAUUGCACAUGACAACCAGCCCGAGCAGGAGCAGAGAUAAGUUGAGAGGCGACCUAACACCGAAAGCUGGCGCGAAGCGGAAGCGGCCUGCUCACGAUAGUCCGGUGCAUUCACUCUCGUUCACGCAGCCGCCCGCCCAGCUCAGACAUGAGAGUACAGGCGGUCAGUCGGCGGUACCGUUCGCCUCGACUGGCCCACCAGAGCAAGCAACGACCAAAAGGGAUGGCAGGUAUGAAUUCAUGCAGCAGCUCCUCAACCACUUCCCACACGAGGGUCACGCGGCAACGGUGGAGUCAUUGGCUAAGUACAGCUUCCCUUCGCAACCUACCAAGACUCUCUCCUCUAUUCUCAUGCACGACAUCUCCUACAUUUCUAACGAUGAGUCGCUACCUUUGAGGGUUGCUGAGGUAUGCAUCAGCCUGUGGUCUAAAUGUCUGGCUGAGGAGUAUCUUGCCCCGUUUUACUUAAUCUUGGAGCUGGUACGCUUCGCUUUGCGAACUCAGUCCUCAGCUGCAAAAUCUCAAUUGCUCGAGCAGGCAAUUCCACUAUGCACCCAGACGAUCGAGCUGAUUGCAAUUCCAACGUAUCGUGCCUCGACCAAUCGAAAGUUUGCCGCAAGCAUGGAUCGAAGAAAAUUCGAAGAACAGGCUGAUGAAAUCGAUGUUGAGCGAGUGUUGGAAUUCCUGCAAGAUCUUUGCCACGCUGCUUCGUUGCAAGGCGAACGCAUUGAGAUCUUUUGGAAAACUAUGGAGCAGCAAUUUGUCUUGCUUAUGCUCAACAAGGCACAACCCAUUGGCCAAGUCAUGACGCUACUCGAAAUGCUUCAGACUGCGACUCGCGAGACGACGUUUGGAGUGAUUGCGCAGAAUGCAACGAGGCAAGCAGAAUUCGAGAGAGGGACAAUUGAUCGGCUCACCAAUCUGCUUUUUGAAGUGCUGGAGGCGGCGCAGGGUGAGGAGGCAUACAGUGACGCUGAAAUACUGGAGCUCAGGAUUGAAGUGCUCAAAGUCCUUCGACAGAUGUGCCAAACAGAUCACGGCGGAACGCUUCUGGUACAGAAUCGAAGUGCCAUUGGCAGACUCGUCCGGUUCCUGGACGCUCACGUCAAAAAGCUGUACCAGGCUCGACCGACUUACGGCUUGUCGUCGGAAGAAGAGAGGCACAAUUCAACGACUCAUGAUCUACUGGCGAAAUGUGUUAACGUGACUGUUCGCCUCAUCUAUCACCUUCUUCGUGUGUAUGGCGACAAUUUUGACUUUGUGCCCAAGCUACACGCGGUUCAUGGCGGAUACCACAAAUUCCUGGUCAGCAUGACACGCAUAGCCUUCACUGAGCAGCACAUAUUCGAAGCCGGAAUCGAGGAUGAGGCUGCUGAAGCCGCGCACAGAAUACUCGAUAGUGUUUUGGGUCCCGAGGAUGGGGAAGCCGUGAUGAAA